ACCGCCACCGCCACCGCCACCGCCACCGCCGCGGCCGGGAGAUGUGCCCGGAGGAGGGCGGCGCGGCCGGGCUGGGCGAGCUCCGCUCCUGGUGGGAAGUGCCGGCCAUCGCGCACUUCUGCUCGCUCUUUCGCACCGCGUUCCGCCUGCCGGACUUCGAGAUCGAGGAGUUAGAAGCUGCUCUUCACAGAGAUGACGUGGAGUUCAUCAGUGACCUGAUUGCCUGUCUGCUUCAAGGCUGCUAUCAGCGAAGGGAUAUCACGCCUCAGACGUUCCACAGCUACCUGGAGGACAUCAUCAACUACCGCUGGGAGCUGGAGGAAGGGAAGCCCAAUCCUCUGCGUGAAGCCAGUUUCCAGGAGCUGCCCCUCCGCACGCGCGUGGAGAUCCUGCACCGCCUCUGCGACUAUCGGCUUGAUGCGGACGACGUCUUCGACCUGCUCAAGGGUUUGGACGCGGAUAGUCUUCGCGUGGAACCGUUGGGUGAAGACAACUCCGGGGCACUCUAUUGGUAUUUUUACGGAACACGGAUGUACAAAGAGGAUCCAGUGCAUGGGAAACCUAACGGAGAACCCUCUCUGAGCAGGGAAGUUGAAGGUCAUAAGAAUGUCUCAAAUGUCCCUGGCAAAACUGGAAAAAGAAGAGGAAGACCCCCCAAACGGAAGAAACCGCAAGAGGAAAUUGCAGUGAGCGAAAAAAAGGAAGAAAAUUCCUUGGCAUCUGAGCCCCAGGCACGACAUGGGUCUCAAGGACCAGGCCAAGGUACCUGGUGGCUCCUGUGCCAAACAGAACAAGAAUGGAGACAGGUCACUGAGAGUUUUCGAGAGAGGACCUCCCUUCGAGAACGGCAGCUCUAUAAGCUCCUCAGUGAAGACUUUCUGCCUGAGAUUUGCAACAUGAUUGCCCAGAAGGAGACCCCUGUGCUUACCAGACUAGAAAAACAGAAGCGCAGGGAGGAGGAGGAAGAGCGCCAGAUCCUUCUAGCAGUGCAGAAGAAGGAACAAGAACAAAUGUUGAAAGAAGAAAGGAAGCGGGAGUUGGAGGAAAAGGUCAAGGCAGUGGAAGAUCGAGCCAAGAGGAGAAAGCUCAGGGAAGAAAGGGCAUGGCUUCUGGCUCAAGGGAAGGAGCUCCCCCCGGAACUUUCCCAUUUGGAUCCCAACUCGCCCACGAGGGAGGAGAAAAAGACCAAGGACCUCUUUGAGUUGGACGAUGAUUUCACUGCUAUGUAUAAAGUUGUAGACGUGGUCAAGGCUCACAAGGAUUCCUGGCCCUUUUUGGAACCUGUGGAUGAAUCUUAUGCUCCUAAUUAUUAUCAGAUUAUUAAGGUUCCCAUGGAUAUUUCAAGUAUGGAAAAGAAAUUGAAUGGAGGUUUAUACUGUACCAAGGAGGAGUUCGUAAAUGAUAUGAAGACAAUGUUUAGGAACUGUCGGAAGUAUAACGGGGAAAGCAGUGAGUACACCAAGAUGGCUGACAAUUUGGAGAGAUGUUUCCAUCGGGCAAUGGCAAAACAUUUUCCUGGUGAAGAUGGAGACACGGACGAAGAGUUCUGGAUCCGAGAGGAUGAAAAACGAGAGAAGAAACGGAAUCGGGGUGCGCGAAGUAGUGGGAGCCAUGUUUGGACCCGCUCCAGGGACUCGGAAGGACCUGGCAAGAAACAACAGGCUGUAGAAAAUGGGGGGAAAUCGUUGCCCCCUACCCGCAGGCCCCCCGCUUCCGGAAAUGACCAGAACAGCAGUUCCACACAGCCCCCUCAGGAGGUGGGCACGUCCAAUGGCCGUGGCUUUUCUCAGCCUCUGCAGUAUGGCGGAACACCCAACCAAGCACCCCUUAUUAGCCAGAUGAGACCAGCAGUCCCAGGAGCAUUUGGCCCUCUACGAGCUUUAGAUUCUAGCAACGUGUUUGGUGCCUCUCGAGUCCCAGAACCACACCCUGGAGAGCCUGUCCAGCAGCAGCAGCCUUUCGCCCUACAGCCUCCAGUUGGAAUUAACAACCACCGAGGACCCAGGCUGGGUGCACCUGAAGAGAAGCCAAUAUGUGGGGGACUAACACACCUUUCUAACAUGGGAUCGCAUCCUGGAUCCUUACAACUUGGACAGAUGAGUGGCCCCAAUCAGGAUGGAAGCGUGUAUACCCCAGCUCAGUUCCAGCCAGGAUUCGUUCCUCCCAGGCAUGGUGGUGUUCCAGCCCGAUCCGCUAACUUUCCUGAGAGCCCAGAGAUUCCUGCUGGCCACAUGUAUCGAUCGUACAAGUACAUGAAUCGAGUACACUCUGCGGUCUGGAAUGGGAACCAUGGUGCUACAAACCCAGGACCCUUGGGGCCCGAUGAAAAGGGCCACUUGGGGCCAGGACCCUCUCCGCAGCCUCGCGCCCUUGGUCACAUGAUGGAUUCCCGGAUGAUGAGACCUCCCGUUCCCCCAAACCAGUGGACUGAACAAUCAAGCUUUCUACCUCAUGGAGUUCCUUCUUCAGGGUACAUACGACCACCCUGUAAGCCUGCUGGACAUCGCCUACACCCACCUCCAGCCCCAGCGCCAGGCUCUCUGUUUGGAGCUCCUUCACAGGCUCUGCGGGGUGCGCAAGGAGGGGACUCCAUGAUGGACAGUCCCGAGAUGAUUGCCAUGCAGCAGCUCUCCUCCCGUGUGUGCCCACCAGCAGAGCCUGUGCAAGGAUUGGAUGAGAAAGCAGCAAGUGUCGGCGCUUCCGAGGGCGUGUACCUCACCCCACUACCUCACCCCACACCUCCCCUGCAGACUGGCUGCUCCAGGCAGGAUUCACCUCAGCAAAGGGACACAGAGGGUCUGGAGCUCAAAAGCAACUCCUCCGACUCCGUGGACAACUGUAAAGCAACCAAGGGCAAGAGCGCCUGGCCUACUGACAGCAUCUACAGUCAACCAGCCACCCCAGGGUGUAGGAGAGACCUCCCUGAGAAUGGAGUCCUGGGCGAAGCGUCUCCUUGUGGGUCUGAAGGGAAAGGCCAUGGGGGCAGUGGGUCUGAAAAGCCCCUUUGCCCCAGAGGCAAAACGGGCCAGGAGACCCUGCCGUGCUCAGGACACAAUGCGACCACACCUCCCAACACAGACAGCAAUUUGAUGGGCAGCUCUGUCAGCCAGUUCCCUCCCCUGUACGUGCCUAGCCUGGAAUACCCAAAUUCAGGCACCCAUUACCACCUCAGCUCAGGCCUGCAGGGUUUGGGUCCCCUGAUGGGAGGGACAAGCUCGGCCUCACACCCUCAGCAUUUCCCCCCUGGGGGCUUUCAGUCUAACAGCCCUCAUGCUGGCGUCUUUCCCCGGUACCGUGCCCCCCAUGGCAUGCGCUACUCCUACCAGCCACCACCUCAACCUGCCUACCAUCACUACCAACGAACUCCUUACUACGUCUGUCCCCAGGGCUUCUCUGACUGGCAGAGACCUCUCCAUCCCCAGGGAAGCCCAGGUGGCCCCCCAGCCAGAGAGCCUCCCCCAGCCCGCUCCCUCUUCUCAGAUAAGAGUGCCAUGCCUCAUCUGCAAGGUUGUGAGACAUUGAAUGCUGCCUUAACUUCCCCAACUCCAAUGGAUGCAGUAGCUGCUAAAGUUGUCCCAAAUGAUGGGCAGAGUCUUGGUCCAGAGGAAGAAAAGCUGGAUGAAUCUAUGGAGGGGCCAGAGAGUCCCAAAGAAUUUUUAGACCUAGACAACCACAACGCAGCUACCAAACGACAGAAUUCAUUAUCAACCAGCGAAUAUCUUUACGGAACUGCCCCUCCACCUUUGGGUUCAGGGAUUGGUUUUGGUCCCUCGGCUUUCCCAGCCCAGGGUAUGAUGCUACAGACAGCGCCUUCCUAUACACCUCAGCGCCCAGCCAGUCACUUUCAGCCCAGGGUGUACUCUUCCCCUGUAGCCACUGCCCCACCUCACCAGCCUGCGGUUGCCCAACCCAAUGGCCUCUCUCAGGAAAGACCCCUCUUUCGAUGUCAGGAAGAGGGCCUACCGGGUCACUUUCAAGCUGUAAUGAUGGAACCAGUCGGCACUGGAGGUGGAGUGAGGGGACCUUUCCAGGAAGUGUACAGACCAUCAGGAAUGCAGAUGUACCCAGCCCAGUCACAGUCCUCAUUCCCAAAGAGCCCGGCCCAGGAAGAGCUGCCCCCACACAAGCCCGCCACACUUCCUCUGGAUCAGAGCUAGUCCAAGGAGGAAGCGACCCCCAAGCCAAUGAAAAGCUGCACAUGAAGACUGAAUGUGGAGAUUCCAGGGGAGUGAGCGAUUCUGGCCCAGCUCUGGCCCUGU